CGCCGAUAGGGCCAUGGUCGACCGACUGGACGAGCUGAAGGGUGGUUGCAGCACCAGCGACAUCGAGAUGGGCGCGCCGUCGCGGCAGCAAGCGGGCGGCGCGAGCGGCUUCAUGGCAGUCUUCUUCCAGGAGGUGAAUGAGGUGAAGGCAGCGAUGUGCACGAUCCGCGCCAACAUUGCCCGCAUCGAGGCUCACCACGGCGAGGCGCUCGGCGCCAUCAGCGCGGAGCAGGGCAAGGCGGCCACGGUGGGCGCUCGACAGCGACCCCUCCAACCAGCCGGAGAUCUUCACGCAGACCAUCCUGCAGGGCCCCGGACACGCGCAGGCGCGCAACGCGCUGGCCGACAUCCAAGACAAGCAUCGCGACAUCCUCAAGCUGGAGGCGUCGAUCGCCGAGCUGCACCAGCUCUUCCUCGACAUGUCGGUGCUAGUGGAGACGCAGGGCGAGAUGUAGCCCCUCUGCCACCCCCGCCGCCGCCCCGCCCGCCCGCGGCAGGGCCGUGCCGUCGAAGAGCUCCGCUCCGCUGCAAAGUACCAGAAGCGCGCGCGCCAAAAGUGCUGCUGCGUCAUCGUCACGCUACUGAUCGUCGCCGGCAUCCUGCUGGCAACCAUCAUACCAAACUUCUCAUGACGCUGGCCGUGCGCCAACGCGCCCCCUCAUCCCCACACCCCUCAUCUUCAGAACGGUGUCUGGUCCUCCUUGCCCCUCCGCUUUGUCGCCCGCGCGGCGUCUCGGCUCUGUGCCCCGCCCUUUGGUCUGCAGGCAGCGAGCCACAGAGCCGUUUCAGCCUUGUUCACGUCGGGAGCGCUCUCCCCAUGUACUUGUGACUGUGCAGGUCCUAAUCAUAUUUUACGCCGAACGGCG